AGCCUCCACCACCUCAAUGGAAGAUUCUCACCACCACUGAAUUAACAACUAACAAACACUACUCAACCUAAGCCCAGUGGCAGCACCAUCAUGCCCACCCCCCGUCUCUUGUAUCUCCUCACCCCACCCGCUCUCCUCACCUUCACCAUCCACCGGGGUCUCCUCCAUCUCGAAACCCAAUACCCCGCGGUACCCCCCGGCCCAGCCAGCCACAGCCCCGCGCUGCUGACCCCCGCCCACCCCGCGACCCAGCGCUGCGCCGCGGUCGACAUCUACCAGGCCCGCGUGCCGGUGGCGGCGCUGCUGCGCACCGCCCGAAAGACACUACAACAAGCAGCAGCAGCAGCAGCAGAUUCCCACCGCGACGGUCCCGAAACCCAAUUCGACGCCUCCCAGCCAUCCCUCCGCAAAGCCUGGGCCGUCGUCUUCCUCACCAGCCCCAUCCUGACCACGGAAGCCAAACUCGUCGGUCUGCUCCGCACGGGCACCUUCCAGCCGGGCGACCGCGGUCUGUCGAUUGAGGGAUUCGGGCAUCCUGCUGCCCCGGACCGCCAACGCAAACGCGAACUCAUCAACGGGGUCUUGACGGUCGAACGCGCCCCCGACUCCUCCUCCUCCUCCUCCUCCCAUGGUCUCCUCGUCUCCUGGACCAUGCCCGACGCACCGCGCGAGUUCUUCGAGUAUCUUGCGGGGCGCUGGCGGUAUCCGUACCGGUUGAUGAGUGGGGGGCGGCAUGAAUGGAGUGUUUCCGAGCCGUACUUGGUGGGGGCUGCGGCCGAGGCAGGAGGAGACGGGCCCCCGGGGGAAGAGUGGGUAGUGGAUGUGCGGUUCGCGUCGGCGCAUGAUUACGAGGUGGUUGCGGCGGAAGGGGAGGACCAGAAGGUUAUCCCGGGGUGGACGGGGCGGUUGCAUCGCGGGUAUGCGCGGUUGUUGCUGCUGAAUGCUGUUCACCAGAUACAAGGAUAACAACUGUUUCACUGGGUGUGAGGUGAGGCUGGGAUGGAUGUAUGUAUGUGUAGAAAGUGGUUUCAGUGAGGUGCAACCCACCACUAUCCGAAUGUAUGUGACAGAGUGCGCCACGAUUAAAGUCAACCUCCCUC